AAUAGAUGACGAAGGAGACCGCAGGUGUGAGUAUGAAGUGUUGUGAGCGUGUUAAAAUGAGUGUAGUUCAAAUGCUGAGAGUGUUGGUGAGGCAGCGACUAACUGCAGCUGCUGAAGAAAUAUUUGCAGUGUUCGAAAGAACGAUAGCAGAGUACAAGAAAGAACUUUGUCGAACAAAGGAGGAGAACGAGCGACAACGUCAAGUACUGGACGCUCUUUUCAAGCAGCCUCAAGUUGUGUUACACAGAGCAGAUGUCGGUGAAGAAUAUCUUCAGCACAAGGAGCCUGAGCCCCCCCACAUUAAAACGGAGGAGGAGAGUCCAGAACCCCCCCACAUUAAAGAGGAAGAUGAGGAUCACAGAAUCAGUCAGGAGGGAGAGCAUCCUGGAGGACUGGCGGAGUUUCCAGUGAUUGGUGUCCCUGUGAAGAGGGAAGAUGAAGACAAAGGUCAAAGUGAGGAGAAGAGAGAGGUGGAGCCUCCAAGCGGCAGCUCAAUUCAACACAUGACAAUGGAAGCUGAUGGAGACCACUGUGGAGGAUCACAAGCAGACAACCUCUUCGCUCCACUAUCAGAUAGUGACGACACAACGUCACACUCUACUGACACUGAUGAUGAACACUCUAAAGCUGAUCAGACAUGUCACAUGGACAACGCACGCUUGAAAUGCUCUCAGCGUGGUCAAACUUUUGAGCACAUGAGAGCACACACAGGAGAGAAACCAUAUGUCUGCGCAAUUUGUGGUGAAAGAUACUUUGAGAAGGUACAAUUGACAAUCCACACAAGAAUACACAAAAGGGAAAAACCUUUUACCUGUUCUGUAUGUGGAACAACUUUUUCACGAAAUUCUGAUUUGAAAAAACACAUGAGGGUACACACUGGAGAAAAACCAUAUUCAUGUCCAAGCUGCAACAAAAGCUUUCGUAUUCGAAAAGGCCUCGUACAACACAUGCGAAUACACACUGGAGAAAAACCAUAUUCAUGUCCAGGCUGCAGCAAAAGAUUUCGUAUCCGAAAAGGCCUCGUACAACACAUGCGAGUACACACUGGAGAAAAACCAUAUUCAUGUCCAAGCUGCAGCAGAAGCUUUUGUAAACGACCAAACCUUGUACAGCACAUGCGAAUCCACACUGGUGAGAAACCUUUUUCCUGUUCAGUGUGUGGCAGAGGUUUUGGACAAAAUAGUCAUUUGAAACAACACAUGCGAAUACACACUGGUGAAAAACCAUAUUCCUGUUCAUUGUGUGGUGCAGGUUUUGGACAAAAUAGUACUUUAACAAAACACAUGAGAAUACACACUGGAGAAAAACCAUAUUCCUGUUCAAUCUGCUAUGAAAGCUUUUCUCAACGAAAACCACUUUUAGCACACACAGAGAUCAAGUGUGAGUGUGUUAAAAUGAGCGUAGUUCAAAUGCUGAGAAUGUUGCUGAAUCAGCAACUAACUGGGGCUGUUGAAGAAAUAUUUGGAGUGUUCGAAAGAACGAUAGCAGAGUACGAGGAGGAACUUUGUCGAUCAAAAGAGGAGAACGAGCGACAACAUCAAGCACUGGACGCUGUUUUCAACCAGCCUCGAGUUGUGUUACACAGAGCAGACAUCGGUGAAGAAUAUCUUCAGCACAAGGAGCCUGAGCCCCCCCACAUUAAAAAGGAGGAGGAGAGUCCAGAACCCCCCCACAUUAAAGAGGAAGAGGAGGAUCACAGAAUCAGUCAGGAGGGAGAGCAUCCUGGAGGACGGGCGGAGUUUCCAAUGAUUGGUGUCCCUGUGAAGAGGGAAGAUGAAGACAAAGGUCAAAAUGAGGAGAAGAGAGAGGUGGAACCUCCAAGCGGCAGCUCAACUCAACACAUGACAAUGGAAGCUGAUGGAGACCACUGUGGAGGAUCACAAGCAGACAACCUCUUAGCUCCACUAUCAGAUAGUGACGACACAACGUCACACUCUACUGACACUGAUGAUGAACACUCUAAAGCUGAUCAGACAUGUCACAUGGACAACGCACGCUUGCAAUGCUCUCAGCGUGAUCAAACUUUUGGGCACAUGAGAGCACACACUGGAGAGAAACCAUAUUCAUGUUCUAUCUGCCACACAAGCUUUCGUCACAGAGCAAACCUUGAUCGACAUAUGAGAGUACACACUGGUGAGAGACCAUUUUCCUGUUCAGUGUGUGGCACGAGUUUUAGAGAUAACUGUGUUUUAAAAAUACACACAAGAAGGCACACUGGAGAAAAACCAUAUUCUUGCUCUAGCUGCAACAAAAAUUUUCGUCACCGAGCAAGCCUCAUAGUACACAUGAGAUUACACACUGGUGAGAAACCAUUUUCCUGUUCAGUGUGUGGUGCAGGUUUUGGACAACGUAGUAAUUUAACAAACCACAUGAGAGUACACACUGGAGAUAAACCAUAUUCCUGUUCAGUCUGCUACAGAAGCUUUGCUCAUCGAUCAUCACUUUUAGUACACUUGAGAACUCACUGAUGAGAAAGUGUUGAGUUGCAGUGUGUGUGAUGAAAGAUUCUCUUAUAAGUACCAAGUUAACAAUGCUGUUAUAUUUGGUGCUGGUGAGAACAACAGUAGUAAAUGAAGCUGUAGAACUUUGAACAAAUUGCGAAGAUUUUGGUAACUUUGCCUUUCUAACCAUCACCACAUAUAACGUGUGUGACAUUGUUGUGUGUGUAACCAGGGGCACAGCCAGGAAUUCAGGUCCCCCUGGGGGAAAAAAAAGCAUUGGGCUGUUGUGACCACACCCCUAUUUUUGAGUGGUCCUGUCAGUCAGGGACCCUUGGAACUUUCCAAACCUCCCCUGCCGUUAGAACUGUUUAAAGUUUCCACCUGAUAUGGUGCUCCUGUGUAUAACAUAAUCUUGUUUAUGUGUUUGUACCAU